UCGGUACUUGGUAAUGUCACUUAUGUCAAAUUUACUUACAUUAAAUUACAAAGACGUUUUUUAUUAAAUUUAUAACAAAAUAAUGUAUUCGUCUGUUCUUUUCGUCAAUUUAAUAUUGAGAUGAUAUUUAACAGUUAAAUGUAACUUUUAUAAUAUUAAAUAAGACAAACAUGUUAUGGAGGACAAGUCAAACUCGAAUAAGACGCCGACAUGGCAAAAUUGCAUUCAUUGCCCGAACCUGCUGUUCAACAGUGCCGUGGAAUUUGAAAGGCAUAUCCAGCAAAAACACAGCAUUAAAGAGGGUUCUUUAAUACUAUGUCAGUAUGGAUUAAAUGGUAUAUGUUCAGCAUUGCAAUUUGGAGAUUUAAAAAAGGCAGGAUUUAAAUAUCAUGUAAGACAGUACCACCUUUAUAAGACAAAUGCUACAGAUGAUUGGACAUUUUAUUCAUCAUCACAAAAUCUUCCUGCUGUUUUAAAUGAUCCAAACAGGGGCAAGCAAAGCAACUUUUUUACAAAAACAUGGGGUGACGGAUUUGUAGACAAAGUAGAAAUCUAUCCUAGUCCAUAUCUGCCAGAAAUUACUUUAUUACAUUUUGAGUCAUAUUGUAAAAAGGUUUCUAAAAGGUAUAGAAGACAUUGUCAGCUAAAGGAAAAUGUGCCAGCCAAAGCAAAAUCCCCUGUAGUAGAAGCUGUGUGUGACAUCCCAAAUAUUUUCUAUGAACAGUCUCUAGCACUCAAUGAUCCUCAAAAUUUUAGCAAAGUUUUCCCUGGUCUCUCCAAUACACAAGAUAUUAAUUCUACAAUAAGAUCAUUGCAAGAGACAUUAAGCACAUACUUGGAUGUUGUGGAAAUGAAAAUAUCAAAACAGGUUGCUCAAAAAUCUGAUGCAUUUUUCCAUGCUAUGCUUUCUCAUGAUACUAUUAUGGAACAAAUGGCAAGAGCAGUGAAGACUGUGAAAAUCACAAGAAAGGAUAUUACUGGUGUAAAACAAAACUUAACAGAAAGUCCUUUGAAACUAAUAAGUUUAACGAGGAUAAAUCACAACCUUAAUAAUGUUCAUGAACUUCUAAAACUAAUAGCCACAGUUCAGCAAACUCAACCCAUGAUCCAACUCCUGCUCAGUACUUCAGACUAUGUAGCUGCUCUUGAUUUAAUUAGUUCAACACAAAAGGUUUUGUCCACUCGCUUGGCUGGUAUUCAAGCCUUUAGACAUCUGUCUCCACAAUUAACAGAAAUGAAAAGGUUGAUUCACAAGAUGUUAAACAAUGAAUUUUCAAGGUUCAUAGUAACAGAUCUCAACCGGCCACUAAAAGAUCUCAGUGAAUUACCAGAUCGAGAUAAAAUUGUGUCAAUUGUGUCUGGAAUAUUACGAUUGAGAGAGUUUGAUUUUCUUGAUAUUUUUAAAACUGAGGCCAUGACAUCUGUACAAGCAACAAUAAAACAAUGUCUUAUAGAAAUAAUAUCACAGAGAGAUGGUGGUAAUGAGAUAGUUUUGAGAGGUUCCAAUGCUGAUACUUGGCUGUUAAGUAAUGAAGGUAUUGUUUUUUUGCAAAAGGUAACUCCAAACAUAAUUAAUUUAUUUAAAAGAAUUUUGUCUAUAUCUAAUUUGAUACUGGAUAUUAGUCAAAUGAGUGACAUCACUGGCAGUGACAGUGAAGAAGUUUGGUCACAGGAAGAACUGACAUUAAUAGACGAAAAGAUUAAAAAACUGAUAGCCUCACUCUCAGACUAUAGUAAUGAGAGGUGUGCCAAUCUUAUAGUGACAAAGACUGAUAAAGAGUAUGCAUUAACAAAUUUAACUCAACUAUCCAAAUUAUCUGAACUGACAGAGAGUUUUUCAAGGCAGUGUGAACAAAUCACAGGACAUUACAGUAAUGCAAUGAAAUUAGCACUGAGGAGUUUUGCAAUGAAGUACAUUCAAAAUUUGCAUUCUGAAAGAAGACUGCAGCUUACAUCUGCUCUAAAUGCUGAAAGAUGGAAGAUUGCAGAAGUACCAUAUGAGUUACAAAGUGUUAUAAGUAAAAUUUGUGAGACUGGAGAAAUUCCUAUGAUAUUAUUUUACGAGAGCGGCAAAUCUGAUGGAAAAUAUUUGGUCAUAAACAAAGAAAAUUAUGCUGUUGUUGCUUCAGUACAACUUUUAAUCAAAAUAUUAUUUGAAUAUUGUGACGCUAGCAAACAAUCACCAGAUAUAGUCCAAUACUUAGUACAUUGCAUGCUGGAGCUUACUAGGAUGUAUAAUUCACGAUGUUGUCAGUUGGUACUGGGGGCUGGUGCCAUACAGAGUGCAGGCCUAAAGACAAUUUCCACAUCUAAUCUAGCUCUGGUAUCUAGAUCACUUCAAGUCAUUUUAUGGCUUUUACCUUUAAUCAUUAAGUUAUUAGAGAAAUGUCACUCUAAAGAGUUAUCUCUCAAUGGAUUUAACAGCAUUGAAAAUGAUAUUGCAGGGCAUAAAAAAGAAAUAGAAAAUAAAAUUUGCUUAAUAGUGAGUAACAUGUUAAGUUCACAACUUGGAGGAUGGGAAGCCAAACCCCCAGUCCCUUCUCAAACAUUCCGCAAUAUAUCUAAACAUUUAGUUAAACUGCACGAAGCUCUUAUAGAUAUUUUGCCUUUAGAACAAAUUCGCAGCAUAUAUAUGAAAGUGCACGAUAACUUCAAAGACAAAUUGAGAGAACAAUUAGUUAAAAUGAAUAUUGUUGCAAAUGGUAGUCCUCAACACGGUGUAGUGACAUCUGAAUUGACAUUCUACCUGCAGACACUCAAAACACUGAGAGUCAUUAACGAGCAUGAUACAGAAGAUAACAUUUUAUAUGAUAUCUGGUUGAAUUAAUUAAAUAAAGCAUAUUAAAUUGAUUUGAAAUCUUAUAAGUUACAAAAUGUUGGUCUAAAAAACCCAAAGACGAUUUACAAGUUUGUUUUUGCAUAUAUACCUACUUUCAUGUUUCUUAAUCAAUUUGGCUAGAUUUAUUUGGAGGAAUUAUAUUGAAUAUUACAUAUUAACUAUGUCUUUUAGUAUUUAUUCUGAUUGAGUGAAAUGUGCAUUUUUGUACACUGUAAGAUACAAGUAUCAUUCCAUGUCUCGUAAGACAUUAACUAAUCUAGAAUUAUCUCAAAUAUUAUGUAUUAAAGUUUGUGUGAUAAUAUAUUUUAAAAAUAAUGUUUGUAAAUAAAUUAAUAUUUCUAUAAUUUAUAGAUUAGAUACAAAUUAUUAAAUGAUUAUGAGAAUAUAGUGAUAAAUGCUUUA